AUGCUUGAAAGCAGCAGCUUCCGGGGGCCCCUCUCGGAGCAGGAGUUUGUUGACCUGACUGACUGGGGUAGAGUCGUGGCGCCCCGCGACGUAUCAGUGGACCCAUCGGCCCUCCCCCAGCGCGUUGGAGCGUGCUACGCUCGACUCAUCUGCAAACCGAACGGUUGCUACCGCCUCUUAUCUUCUCCCAAGUCCCUUGUCUGUCCUCGGCUUGUCAACCCAGCCCUGCCGGCUACCGUUCAUCGAAGUUACUUGAGCGUUGCACAGAGGUUACGCUGCCCGGGCGGUCUCGCCGACUUCAUGCGUCAUUUGCACACCUGCGUAAGUUGCCGCUAA